AUGGAAGGAAGAGAGGAUUUGCAGGUUAACCAGCUGGAAACGCAAAUAUGGAUAAAACCAGACAUACAGAAGACAGAUGUGGACUUUUCAGAAAUUCUUAAUGCAAUACAAGAAAUAGCUAAGGAUGUGAACAUUUUUUUUGAUGAGUUAGAAGGUGUGAACAGCCCUUCCAAAGAUGAUGAUUCCCUGCUUCACCAUGGUAACUUGACCAGUACUUCUGACGAUGCCAGCAGGCUGGAAGUUGUGGGAGAGGAAGUACCUGAUAAGAACAAAACCAAUGGACUAUAUUUUAGAGAUGGGAAAUGUCGGAUUGACUACAUCCUUGUGUAUAGAAAAUCUAAUCCACAGACAGAGAAGAGGGAAGUAUUUGAGAGAAAUAUCAGAGCAGAAGGACUUCAAAUGGAAAAAGAAUCAUCCCUAACAAACAGUGACAUCAUCUUUGUGAAACUGCAUGCCCCUUGGGAGGUCCUGGGCAAAUAUGCUGAACUAAUGAAUGUAAGAAUGCCUUUCAGGCCCUUUAACCCCUUCAAUGCUGGAGCCCCCUGCAUACUUGUGCGCUGCUGUUUUUUAAAUGGACAUUUCAUUGAAAUCAAUGGGAGGUCAAGAAGAUCCAGGAGAAAAAUCUAUUACCUGCAUCGCCGAUACAAGUUCAUGAAUAGGAUCGAGAAACAGAUAAGCAGGUUCCGAGGAUGGUUGCCCAGAAAGCCAAUGAAACUGGACAAGGAAACACUGCCAGAUCUGGAGGAGAAUGACUGCUAUACUGCUCCAUUCAGCCAACAAAGGAUCCAUCACUUCAUAAUACACAACAAAGAUACUUUCUUCAAUAAUGCUACAAGAAGUAGAAUUGUACACCAUAUCUUACAAAGAGUGAAAUAUGAAGAAGGGAAAAACAAAAUUGGUCUGAAUCGAUUGCUCAGUAAUGGCUCCUAUGAAGCUGCAUUUCCUCUUCAUGAGGGAAGUUACAGAAGUAAGAAUUCAAUAAAAACCCAUGGAGCAGAAAACCACAGACACCUGCUCUAUGAGUGCUGGGCUUCCUGGGGAGUGUGGUAUAAAUACCAGCCCCUGGAUCUUGUAAGACGGUACUUUGGUGAGAAAAUCGGGCUGUACUUUGCCUGGUUAGGCUGGUACACAGGGAUGCUCUUCCCAGCUGCCUUCAUUGGAUUAUUUGUCUUUUUGUAUGGAGUCACCACUUUGAACCACUGCCAAGUCAGUAAAGAAGUCUGCCAAGCUACAGAUAUCAUAAUGUGCCCUAUAUGUGAUAAAUACUGCCCCUUCAUGAGGUUGUCAGACAGCUGCAUAUAUGCCAAGGUAACCCACCUCUUUGACAAUGGAGCUACUGUCUUUUUUGCUGUUUUCAUGGCAGUGUGGGCCACUGUUUUUCUGGAGUUUUGGAAAAGAAGGCGAGCAGUAAUUGCUUAUGAUUGGGACUUGAUAGACUGGGAAGAAGAAGAGGAGGAAAUACGUCCUCAGUUUGAAGCCAAAUACUCCAAGAAAGAACGAAUGAACCCCAUAUCUGGGAAGCCAGAGCCUUAUCAAGCAUUUGCAGAUAAAUGCAGCAGACUCAUCGUUUCUGCAUCUGGAAUAUUUUUUAUGAUCUGUGUGGUGAUUGCUGCUGUUUUUGGCAUUGUUAUUUACCGUGUUGUGACUGUCAGCACUUUCGCUGCCUUUAAGUGGGCUUUAAUCAGGAAUAACUCUCAGGUUGCAACUACAGGGACUGCAGUGUGCAUCAACUUUUGCAUCAUCAUGCUACUGAAUGUGCUGUAUGAAAAAGUUGCUCUUUUCCUGACAAAUUUAGAGCAGCCUCGUACGGAAUCGGAGUGGGAGAACAGCUUCACUCUGAAAAUGUUUCUUUUUCAGUUUGUCAAUCUGAACAGUUCUACCUUUUAUAUAGCAUUCUUCCUUGGAAGAUUUACAGGACACCCUGGUGCCUACUUAAGGCUGAUAAACCGGUGGAGGCUGGAAGAGUGCCACCCUAGUGGAUGCCUUAUUGAUCUCUGUAUGCAAAUGGGCAUUAUAAUGGUGUUAAAGCAGACAUGGAAUAAUUUCAUGGAAUUGGGAUAUCCGCUAAUUCAAAACUGGUGGACCAGGAGGAAACUACGGCAAGAGUAUGGCACACAGGGGAAAACAAGCUUCCCACAGUGGGAAAAGGACUAUAAUCUGCAGCCUAUGAAUGCUUAUGGACUCUUUGAUGAAUACCUAGAAAUGAUUCUUCAGUUUGGGUUCACAACCAUUUUUGUGGCAGCUUUUCCACUGGCACCACUUCUGGCCUUACUAAACAAUAUUAUUGAAAUUCGGCUUGAUGCUUACAAAUUUGUUACUCAGUGGAGAAGACCUUUAGCUUCAAGAGCCAAAGAUAUAGGCAUCUGGUAUGGGAUCCUGGAAGGCAUUGGAAUUCUUUCGGUUAUCACAAAUGCAUUUGUUAUAGCAGUGACAUCGGAUUUCAUCCCUCGCCUUGUUUAUGCCUACAAAUAUGGACCCUGUGCUGGCCAAGGAGAAGCAGGACAAAAGUGUAUGGUUGGCUAUGUUAAUGCCAGUUUAUCAGUAUUUCUGGUGUCUGACUUUGAAAACCGUUCAGAGCCAACAUCAAAUGGAAGUGAAUUCUCUGGUUCACCAUUAAAAUAUUGCAGGUACAGGGACUACCGGGACCCUCCGCACUCGCCUGUGCCCUACGGUUACACGCUGCAGUUCUGGCACGUCCUGGCAGCGCGCUUGGCCUUCAUUAUUGUGUUUGAGCACCUUGUCUUUUGCAUAAAGCAUCUGAUCUCCUACUUAAUUCCAGAUCUUCCAAAAGAUCUGAGAGAUCGAAUGAGGAGAGAAAAGUACCUGAUUCAGGAAAUGAUGUAUGAAGCUGAGCUAGAACGUCUGCAAAAAGAGCGGAAGGAAAGGAAAAAGAAUGGAAAAUCUUAUCACAAUGAGUGGCCAUGACAGGAUGAGGAAGAAACUGCUCAAAAGAAGAUAAGAACUCUUGUUUAUAAAAAAAUCCUGGUUUUCUACAGCAGAGAGUGCACUGAAAGGAAUAGUCAGUAAUGUGUGCAUUUAGCACAUGUGCGCCCCUCUUCAAAAGGGUGGAUUUUGUCAUAAGCCUUUUGAAAUUAGAGGUGUUUCCAAGGCUUAGUCCUCUCCAGAGCUGAUGUCAACACGAGCACAUCAGACCAAUACUAAGUCUCUGCACUCUUGCCAGGAAGUUCCCAGGCCCUGACUAAAACUCAGGGCCCUGAACUUCAAAGCAGUUACACAACUUCCAGUGCUUUACAGAACUUGGUGAUCUUCCGGCUCAUUCUCAUGAAGUUGCUACUUCACAAGCAGUGACUGCGCCUUGGCAACGUGGCAGUGUUUGUCUGUGUGUGUGGCCACCACCUGCAGCACGUGCAUGGCAGCGUUGCUCUCUUCCACAGCGGACCCAACCGCGUUAGUUUGCAUUUGCCACCGGUUAAGGUCACGUAGCUGGACCAUUUCCAUUGCUCAACAAUACUGAAGUAUUAUCUAGAAGGAGAUGCAUGAUCAUGAGUCUGAUCAACUGGCCUGACAAUGCUGAAAAAUCUCCACAAGAGCACUACCUUCAAGAGAAUGAGAAAAAACUGCAACCUCAAUGCAUGGCACAGACAUUUUACAUAGCAAGCAGGACAGCACACAUCAGAGGAUUUACUGUGAAAUCAUCUUGCAAUCAGCAUAGGAUUGCUCUCCAUAGGCCAUUCUUGACAGCAGCAUGUACUUCAUGAGCAGUUACACACCAGUUUUUAAAACCAAGGAAAAAAUGUAUAUUGGGACUGUUUUUCAGCCCGUUUGCUAAGUUUUUUGCAUUCUGUCCCAUGCUGGUUUUACAGAUCUUAGAAUAAAAAAUGUAAAUGAACAACCUGGAUACUCUGACAAAAGAAAAAUCUAGGAAUAGAGCAUCAUCUACGUUCAAGUCACCAAAUACUACAACAGAAAACGUGUUUACAAAUCAGUUCUUUUUUAUUUUAAAUCUUUCUGAGGGGAGUUACAUUAUUGACCAUAUAUAUUAUAUAUAUAUACAUAUAUAUAAAGUAUAUAGAGAAAUUGUUUAUUUGUAAAUAGAAAAAUUAAAAUUCUAUGGAGAAGAAUGUCAAGUUUUCACACUUUAAAAAAAAUCAUCAACAUAAAGCCAUGUUUAAUGCUUGUACAAUGUGAUGUAAUAAACUUUAAAAAUAAAUAAUGCACAUGAAAUAUUUA